AUGACCAUGGAGAUCGUGAAGCACGGCGAGGAGGAGGAGUACUCCAUCAAGCCCCAGGCCGCCACUCCUCAGCUCGACACCAGCAGCUGGCCUCUGCUGCUCAAGAACUAUGACAAGCGCAACCCGCUGAAGCGUGACAUCAAGUCGUACAUCUCCAGUGGUGUCAUCAACCUGGACAAGCCCUCCAACCCCAGCUCCCACGAGGUCGUCGCUUGGCUCAAGCGCAUGCUCCGUGUCGAGAAGACUGGUCACAGUGGUACUCUUGACCCCAAGGUCACGGGCUGCCUGAUCGUCUGUAUCGACCGUGCCACCAGGCUCGUGAAGAGCCAGCAGGGUGCCGGUAAGGAGUAUGUCUGCGUCAUCCGCCUGCACGACAAGCUCCCCGGUGGCCAGGUCCAGUUCGCUCGUGCUCUCGAGACCCUCACUGGUGCUCUGUUCCAGCGUCCUCCCCUGAUCUCGGCCGUCAAGCGUCAGCUCCGUAUCCGUACCAUCCACGAGUCCAAGGUCAUCGAGUUCGACAACGACCGCCACCUCGGUGUCUUCUGGGUCUCUUGCGAGGCCGGUACCUACAUCCGUACCCUCUGCGUCCAUCUGGGUCUCCUUCUCGGUGUUGGCGCCCACAUGCAGGAGCUUCGUCGUGUGCGCUCCGGUGCCAUGGACGAGAACAAGGGUCUCGUUACCCUCCACGACGUCCUCGACGCCCAGUGGACCAUGGACAACACCCGUGACGAGUCUUACCUUCGCAGGGUCAUUUCUCCCCUCGAGACUCUCCUCACCAGCUACAAGCGCGUCGUCGUCAAGGACAGCGCUGUCAACGCCGUCUGCUACGGUGCCAAGCUUAUGCUUCCCGGUCUCCUUCGUUACGAGUCCGAGAUUGAGGUCCACGACGAGGUUGUCAUGAUGACCACCAAGGGCGAGGCCAUCGCUCUGGGUAUCGCCCAGAUGUCGACCGUCGAGAUGUCGACCUGCGACCACGGCGUCGUUGCCAAGAUCAAGCGCUGCAUCAUGGAGCGUGACCUGUACCCCCGCAAGUGGGGCUUGGGUCCCCAGGCUUCGGAGAAGAAGAAGAUGAAGGCCGACGGCAAGCUCGACAAGUACGGCAGGCCGAACGAGGCGACGCCCGCCAAGUGGGUCUCCGAGUACAAGGACUUCAGCGGCGGUGCCCAGGCCGACGCGCCCGCCACUCCCGCCAAGCCCGCUGCCGUCGACACGGAGAUGACCUCCGCCGAGACGCCCGCCGCUGCCUCGGAUGCCGAGGACAAGGACUCGAAGAAGCGCAAGAAGCACGAGGGCGAGACGGCUGAGGAGAAGGCCGAGCGCAAGCGCAGGAAGGCGGAGAAGAAGGCGGCCAAGGCGGCGAAGAAGUCCAAGGGCGACAGCGACGAGGAGAGCGACUAA